GGAUUCUUCACUCACCAGUCAACCAUGACUCGUGGAUAGUUGAUACAAAACCGAGUCAGCGACUGCUAAGUUUCUAUCCACAGUGUUUCCUCCUGCUUCUUUCCUUAGUUGCUCCCAUCUGAAUCCGCUCCUCUUGCUCAGCGUUUUCAACGCAGCGUUCUCGCCGUUUCCUUUCUUUGUUUGCUCGUCACUCUGGCUGUGACCAUGUACGGGAGUCAGGGGAAGCAGAUGCUGCCCAGUCAGCAGGGAUACAGGACAAGGGAUAUCCUGUUCCUGCUGGGUACCCUCGGAGUCGCGGGUACCAUCGCAACAGUCGUGACUGCGACGACAGUUAUCGGCGGGGGCGGCUUUCUGCUGCUCAUAUCGCCGCUCCUGCUGCUCUUCUCCCCCAUACUCGUCCCGCUGGCCAUCUUCGGGACCGUCGUUGGAGGUGGAGCGCUGUUCAUGGCGACUAUGACGGCCAUGGGGGUAGGUUCCCUCGUGUGGCUCAUCAACUACAUGCGCGGGAAGAAGCCCAUUGGCGCAGAGUCCCUGGAUUACGUGGCAGGGGGCGUGAAGGGCGCUACUGAGUAUGUGGGGGAUAAAGUGAGCCAUGUCACCCACUCUGCAUAUGAGGGCACGGCUAGGGUUCUGGGGACCGGGGGAGGGCCCACCUGGCAGGAGCAGCAGCAGUACAAGACUUCCUCGGCUGCUGCCUGAAGGAUAAAGCGUUAGUGAAUUUGUAAAUGGGAGAAUUUGUAUAGCGAUGUGCGUAUUGUGCAUAUGAUUUCUAUCCAGUGUAUACAGUUACUUCGAAUCAUCGCUGGAUUUUGUAACACUUUCGUUCACAUUUUCGUCUUCAA